AUAUUUUCUUUCAAAAGUCUGGUCUCGCAGAUACAAUAGUCGUUGCAUCAAUCUAUCCUCGGCAUACCAUAUUCUUCUCCUUCUUUUUGCUAUAGACUUCCAAGCAAUUCUCGUCUCCAAACUAUUGAAACAAAGAUGGGUGACCUCAUCCUUGGCCCCGUCGUAGAAGCCACUCUGUCCAAGGUGAUUGCUGUUGCUUCCGAUCAGCUCGAUUUAGCACUGGGAUGGAAAGAAGACCUGAAAAAGUUUUGUAGUACGAUGAGGCAUCUCCGAGGUUUGUUGCAAGAUGCUGAUGAAAAGAAUGUCAGUGGCAACCCUGCUCUGAAGUCUUGGCUCCAGGAUCUUCGAGCUAUUGCAGAUGAGGCUAAUGAUAUACUGGAGCAGGUCGCUUAUAAAAAUAUGCAGCGUCAGAUGGCAGUUCAGAAAUCAAAGGUCAGGUACUUCUUUACUCAGGCUGACCCCCAGGCCUUGAUAUUUCGCCAGAAAAUGGCUAAUAAAAUUAAGAAUUUGAACAAAAAGCUUGCUGGUAUCAAUCGCUCGGCUAAUCAGUUGGGACUGCAAUACAAACUUGCAAACACAGGUCCUGAACCCAGAGCCACAGCAGGCCUAGAGACCCACUCUUUGCUUCCAUCACCAGUUUUUGGAAGAAAGGAAGAUGUCUCUAAAAUAGUCAGCUUGUUGGUUGACUCAAGUAGUCAACAUGACCUCCCUGUCACGACUAUAGUGGGUAUGCCUGGCCUUGGCAAAACCACUUUAGCAAAAGCAGUGCUUCAAAAUGAAAAAAUACGUGAACAUUUUGGUGAUAAUAAAAUGUGGGUUUGUGUGUCUGAAAAUUUUGAUGUCAAGAGGAUUUUAAUGGAGAUGUUGGAGUCUAUUACCAAAAGUAGUAGUGGUGGUGGGGAUAUUGGAAGCAAAGAUACUGUGCUGAGGAAAAUACAAGAGAAGCUGGGGGAGAAAAGUUAUCUUCUCAUACUAGAUGAUGUUUGGAAUGAGGAGAGAAAAAUAUGGGAGGAUUUAAGGAGUUGCUUGUUGGGAAUAAGUAAAAAUAAGGGGAGUAGGGUGCUUGUGACAACCCGACUUAAAAAUGUUGCAUCACUAAUGGCAGUUACUAAUGAACACAUCCAUCAUCCUAAGCAAUUAAAUGAAGAAGAGUGUUGGACUAUAAUCAAGCACAGAGCAUUUGGAGACAAUUCAGUAUCUGAUGGGUUAGAGGAAAUUGGAAAACAGAUUGCUAAAAAGUGUAAAGGCGUUCCACUAGUAGCAAGUAUUAUAGGGGCCACUUUGCAAAAUAAGAGGGACAAAAAGGAGUGGCAGGCAGUUAUAGAGAAUCAGGUGUGGGACUCACUGGAAAAGGAGAAUGGGGUCUUGGAUAUAAUAAAAUUCAGUUAUGAUCGCUUGCCUAAACUGGCUUUGAAGCAGUGCUUUGCAUUUUGUUCCAUUUUUCCUAAGGAUUUUGUCAUGGAAAGGGAGAUGCUAAUUCAACUUUGGAUGGCUCAAGGAUUUCUUGAAUCGUCUGAAGAAAGUUGUAUGGCAGCUGACGAGAUUGGUGACAAGUAUUUCAAAAAUUUGUUAUCGUAUUCCCUAUUUCAAGAGGGAUGGAGGGAUCAUGUAACUGGGAGUGUUAUAUCUUGCAAGAUGCAUGAUUUGAUUCAUGAUUUUGCUCAAUUCAUUUCAAAUUUUGAGACGUUGAUUGUUGAGGAGCAGCCCGGUAGUCAUAUUUCUCAUCAUGUUAGGCAUUUGAAUCUAAUUGGUGGGAGGGAAAUGGUGCCAACAAUUUUAGGAGAUGUUGCUGAAAAGUUGCAGACAUUGUUUUCCAAGCAUGGUGUUUUUAGUGAUGUGCAAGUGGAUCUUAAAAGGUUGCGGGCUCUCAACCUUGAUGAUGCUUCUGAUGCAAAACAAUUGCCAACAUGCUUUGGCAACUCGAAGAGCUUGAGGUACUUGGACAUUUCAGGAACUCAAAUAGGAGAACUGCCCAAGUUCAUCACCAAGCUAUACAAUUUGCAAACAUUUCGAUUCACAAACUGCAAAUCUCUUAAAAUGCCUACAGGAGGAAUAGGAGAUUUAAUCAACUUGAGGCAUAUUUAUUUCAAUGAUGAAGAGCGUAUGCCUGCAAACCUUGGGAGACUAACCAAACUACAAACAUUGCCAUUGUUUUUUGUAAGUACAACAAAGGGAUGUAAAAUUGAAGAACUGGGAAGCUUAAGAGGACUCAAAGGAGGACUAGAGAUCCGUAAGCUUGAUCUUGUUGAAGGCAAAUC